UCCACCCCCUCUCCUCUUCCUCCUCUACCACCUCUACCUCCCCUCCUCACACUCAUCCUCCUCCUCCUCCACAGCGUCCCGACGCCCUGUGCGCUGACUCACCCUCUCAGUAGCCAUGACAGACCAGCGCUGGAGCUUUGAUCACAUGGAAUAGAAUGGCGACCUCUAAAGAGCUGUAUGACUCGUCAGUACCGAAAAAGAUUGGACUCAUUUUGGUUCCACCUUCGAUUGUGCUGAUCUACAAAAAUCAAAAGACCAACAAGCUUAGGAAGCGAGUGAUGCCCGUAAGAGGCUUCAAGCAAAAAUCGAAUCUAACUUUCCUGGCUGAGGAUCUUGUGGCACGGCACAGGCCUUUACUGAAUGAGGUUGAUAUUGGAAAAGUGCAAAAAAUGCUCUUUGUCUUACAAAAGCAUAAAACCGGUGUAGACCUUGAUGAAGCAUUGAAAAUGGCAAAAAUGCAAACGUUUCAUGCAGCCGAAAAUGAUCUGUUGAGAUUGGGAUCAGGAGGAAGUAUUGGAGAAAGGAUUGCAGCUGCAAAUUCAGAAGAUGAUAGUGAUGCUGUUGAUGAUCCUUCAGCCGACAUUUAUUUCGAUGACCUUGAAGCACCAAUAGACAAGCUCGGAAUCUAUUCGGAUGAAGAAACAGAUGCCUUCUGGAAGUGAUGAAAGGAGUUGUGACUCAUGGAAAUGUCAGUUUCCAUAGUUGUAAAGAAUUGGAACAAUCUCUGUAACUCAUUCUCAUGUGUUUCAUUAUAUUAACGAACAUUUAAAAAGACUGCCAGAUGCUAUUAGGCAGUUGAAAACAUAAAUAUGGCAUUAAAAUAGUAAUUGAAUUAAUUAAUAUGAUUUAUAUUAAUAAAAUUUUACUUUUGAGACUUAAAACUGAUUUGAGC